AUGACUCGGACAGUGGGAAACCGGUGGGCAUUAGCUGUGUGUGCCAGUCUGUUCGCCAUCGGCGUCUACGGGCUCACUCGUAACCUCUCAGCCCAGCUCCCGCCCCAUCUUAAGGAUGCCGGCCACUGGCAGUUCUUGACCAACUUGCUGCUUGCCUACUCGUUGAUCGUGUUUGGCGUGGGGAUGGCCGCCCACAUCUCCAAGCUGGCGGCGCUCUUCAACUUGAAGAACUUGCUCCACCCCAUCGGCAUGGCGUUGGAGUUUGUCGUCGCCGUGGUGUACUGGCCGUUGCGGAUCUUCUUCAUCAACUUGUUGGUCGAGGACCCGCUGAAGUUCAAGUUGCCGCUUCUGACAGACUUGUGCAUCCACUUGAUGCCCGUGGUGCUGUUGUUCAUCGACUACCUCGCGUUCCUGCCCCCCUGGACCCUCUCUACUCCCACGGCAUUGACGGUGAUGGCAGUGUUGACGGCGGGCUACUGGUGGUGGCUCAAACAGCUCAUCGCUCCUGGCGGCACUUACCCGUACAACUUCUUGAAUGUCGACACUGAGCAGGAAAGAGUGGUGGUGUUUGUGGCGGUGGGGUCAGUGGCAUUCGUGCUGUUCCUCGCCACCAAGGCAUUGUACGGAGUCUUUGUCCGGGAUACUAAAUUGCAAAUGAAAAAGAGAAUUUAG